CCGCCAAAUUCAAACACAGAAAGACUUCCCGUUGACUACUACAGUUAGACGUUUCUCCAGGAGACACACAGAGAGGGAACAAACAACUUUAUAAGCUUCAGCAUGUCGUCGUCGGUGAUGAGUGGCGUGGCGGUGUGGAGGGCUCACAGCGUCCUGGAGGAGUCAGACGGCGGCGAGUCCAGCUCCCCUGAGGCACCCCCCCCUGACCGCUUCAGGAAGCUACGCUCCUCCUCCUCUCUCAACUCCCUCCGCAUGUCUCUGAAGAGGAGGCUUCCGCUGCGCUCUGUACAGACCAACUCACUGCCAGACCCUGAGCUGACCCCUGACCCCACCUGGGAGAGUCUGCAGGCCAAUCAGAAGACCAACGCUGUCUGCCAGCUCACACGCAGCGCACGCAGCCACAUCGGGGGAGUGUACCAGAAGCUUCAGAGGAACAGAGCAGUGGUACAGGAUCAGGAGGAGUGUUUGGUGGCGACACCUGGCCAGGUGUGUGAGAGGGGAGAGAACAACGAGGGGGUCACCUCCCGUACACCCAGGCGCACCCCCGUCCGUUCCACCACACUCAUACCUACAACAACCCCCAGUCGCACCCCCAGAGCCACCGUGCCCAAACGCACCCCUGCCUCAGGCCGCAGGGGGAGGAGAACCACAGGGCGAAGUCCUGAGGUGACAGGAGUGAAGAACGUGGGAGGGAGGAGGCAGCUGGUUCGGAUGGCUGCACUACGAAGCCCCUUCGCAUCUCCUAACACUCAGAGCCUCAGACGGAAGUUUGGCCGGGACCUGGAGAGUGUGUCCAGCGGUCUCAGGAAGCUGAAACGUCUGUCCCACGCCUUUGAUGAUGUCAUAGGGAGAGACGACCGAGGUCCUGUGCAGCAGAGCGUUAUGGUGAGGAGGUUGGACCCCAGCGGGAGGCUUGGCUGCUCUUCUUUCACAGAGCCAAACGCCUCCUACUAGCUCAGUCUCACGUCAGAAUUCGCCGUUGAUCCAUGUUUCUCAAACGUCAAAAUGCAAAGUUUUAA